UUUGCACCGAUGUAUUGCAACUGUGCUACUCAAUAUUAAUUUAUGUUAAAAUAACAGUUUAUUUGGAUUAAAUAAAGUAUUACCAGCUGCCCGACCCCACUGUCAAGACCGAUGCAACAUAUAAUACAACAUCAAGUUGCUAAUAUGUAUGUCCGUUGUGCGAUAAUUUAGACUUGCAGAUGUAAGAAGGUACAUUAUUCUAUUACAAGUUGACGAUGAUGUGAUCGAGGUAAAAAUUAAUACUCCAGCUCUUGGAAUUAGACAUCUCUAACUGAUUUUCUUGAAGAUUUUUCAAACUGCAUCCUGAUGGUCUACUCCAACAUCCAUGGUCAUCCUCAACUAUGUGCCCUUCAGAAAUGCAACAUCUCAAUCCAAUGGAACAAGAUCAAUCACAAAAACCCUUAACCAAAACAGAUCAAGAACAGGAGGAGGAUAACUACGACGAUGGCUCAGAAAAAUGCUCAAGGAGACCAUGUUUUCUAUCAUCAACCAUUCUUGAGCCAUUGCAAUGGCUGCAAAUGCUCUCCUCCAGGCUCAACCCCACCUUUGUUCUUGGAGUCAUGCUCGUCUACGGCCUCAACCAGGGCUUCUCCGGGUCAUUUUUCAAGGUCGUUUCCGACUACUACUGGAAAGAUGUCCAGAAGUUGCAACCAUCAGCUGUGCAGCUCUUUGUAGGCCUAUACUACAUUCCAUGGGUGAUGAAACCCAUCUGGGGUCUCUUGACCGAUGUUUUUCCGGUGAAAGGGUAUCGCCGCAGGCCAUAUUUUGUGAUGGCUGGGAUUGUCGGGGCGGUGUCCGCCUUGUCUGUGGCUGCCGGAGGUCAGUUGCCGGUGGUUCUAGCUUUGACUUGUCUGAUAGGGGUGACGGCCGGGGUGGCCAUUGCAGAUGUGACCAUAGAUGCCUGCAUUGCAAGAAAUAGUAUUGAGAUUAGGUCUCUGGCAGCUGACAUGCAAAGCCUUUGUGGGUUCUGUUCAUCAGCUGGUGCUCUUUUAGGCUACUCCUCCAGUGGUUUUUUUGUUCAUCAUCUUGGAGCUCAGGUUGCAUUGGGGAUUUUAGCAAUUCCACCAGCUACCCUAAUUGUGCUUGGCUUUGUGAUCUAUGAGCUGAGAACAACUGAUGACCUUCAUGUCCAAAAGAACAAGUCAACAGAAAAGCUGAGAGAAGCUGUGAAGGGGAUGUUGAGAACCAUACAAUUCCCACAGGUGUGGAAGCCUUCACUCUAUAUGUACUUAUCUUUAGCCCUAAGCAUCAGCACCCAUGAAGGCCAAUUCUACUGGUAUACCGAUCCCAAAGCCGGCCCUGCGUUCUCCAAGGAAUUUGUCGGGAUGAUCUACGCAAUAGGUGCAAUGGCCUCGAUAGUUGGAGUGAUCAUCUACCACAAAACUCUCAGGAACUACCCUUUCAGGGCCUUGCUCUGCUUUGCACAAAUCCUGUACGGCGUAUCAGGGAUGCUCGAUCUCGUGUUUAUUCUGCGAUGGAACUUAGCCCUUGGAGUCCCAGAUUACGUCUUUGUAGUAAUGGAAGAAUGCGUUUCACGGAUCGUGGGCAAAGUCCGGUGGAUGCCUAUGAUAGUCUUGAGCUCACAACUAUGUCCUUUGGGCAUCGAGGGCACAUUCUUUGCACUCUUGAUGUGCAUCGACAGUCUUGGUUCGCUCACCGCCAAAUGGGGUGGGGGAGUGGUUCUUCAUCUCUUGAACGUAACCAGGACCGAUUUCAAGAACCUGUGGCUCUCAGUGUUGAUCAGAAACAUACUCAGACUUUCGACGUUGGGGUUGGUUUUUCUAGUACCAAACGCCGAUCCCUCUGAGGUUCUAAUCCCACCGGAUGUCUUGACAAAAAACAAUGGUAAAAAUAUGGACGAGGAGGAGAGCAUACAAAUGGUCCCAUUGAAUAAGAAGCCACAAGAUUGAGUUUUUUUAUGUUUAAGUACUAUGACAUUGUUUUGUAUUGUACAAAAAAUUUACUUGUAGAUCAAUGAUAAAAGCCCC